UUUGCACACGAGCCACAGGGAAGACGUACAGACGAGGAAUUCAAAAUUAUGAAAUGUGUCGUUUUGCAGACGUUUACAUUGGCCACUGAUAAGCAAAAGCAAACGAAACGGUCAUAACAUAUGAAUAUGUCUAGCUGCUUGUCAUAGAUGUAUAUAUAAGUAGAUCGAAAAGUAUAUAUAUGACAAAUUAUAUAAAUAUAACGAUAUCAAUGCCGAGCUUGACAGCUGAGCUAACUGAACUGGCUGGCAGGAACACUUCACUUGGGUAAUGUAAUGUUUCUCGAGCAGCACAACGUAAACGGGAAGCAUUGACAGGACCGGUUGGUAUUAUGGAGUCUGGGAGGUCCUGUCCAGAUUGUGGCUCAUCCAACCUGGUGGACGACUCCUUAUACUCGCAGUCUCAGCUGGUGUGCGCUGAUUGUGGGUCUGUGGUGUCCGAGGGAUUGCUUACCACAACUCGAAGCGAGGAAAUCCAGGGCACAGAUGUCAGGUAUCGGGAAAGCACAGCGCUGCAUAAGCAGCCCUGCUAUAAUCAAAUUCAAGGUCUGAAACGGGUGCGUGCGCUGUGCCGGAUCCUGCGGUUCCCCCGGGUUAUAGAGGAGACGGCGGAGAGCUUGUUUGGGCAGGCCUACGAGCACCCAAGUUUUCUGAACGUUAGCCUCCAGAAGAAGGAGGUUCUCGCAGGCAGCUGCGUUCUGCUGAGCAGCCGGCAGCACCACUGGCCCAUUGCCAUGGGGACCAUCUACUCGCUGCUGGAGGCGAGUGAGCACACCAUGGGCAUGGUGUACAAUGAACUGGUCAAGAUCCUGAACGUGGAUGCCCCUCCCAACCACAUCAAGGACCUGCUGGAGAGCCACUGCCAUCAGUACAAGCUGAGCCCCUCGGAAGUUCCUGAGGUGUUCAGUGAGAGCACUGCUCGACUGGUGGAGAGGGCGGCUGAGCUGCUGGAGCUGGCUGCCACCACCUGGCUGGUGACCGGCCGGCACCCCGUGCAUGUCCUGGCGGGUGUGGUCUACGUAGCCUGGCUCUCCCUGAACCCCUGCAAGGCGCGGCUGGCGGUCCCGCUGGCCCGGUUCUUCAAGGUGGCCAAGGUGGCGCUGCCGGGCCAGGCAGCGCUCAGGGUGGUGGAGCUGAAGGAGGUGCUGUGCCGGCUGGGGAGGGAGCUGCCCUGGUUGAGGGGCACGCCCGUAGAACCCCGCACCGUCCCCACGCUGACCGCCGACAUCCUCAAGCACCGCGUCCUGCUGAUGAAGAAGGCCAUGCGGAGCUUUGAUCACGAGCUGCAGGAGGGGCCCCCAGCCCAGCCCCUCGCCUCCCCGGAGGGGCCCCCAGCCCAGCCCCUCGCCUCCCCGGAGGGGCCCCCAGCCCAGCCCCUCGCCUCCCCGGAGGGGCCCCCAGCCCAGCCCCUCGCCUCCCCGGAGGGGCCCCCAGCCCAGCCCCUCGCCUGCCCGGAGGGGCCCCCAGCCCAGCCUCUCGCCUGCCCGGACCCUGUCGCAGGGGGACACGUACAGGAGGAAGGGGAGGAAGUCACUCUCAGGUCAGUCACGCAAAUGCAGGCAUCUGAUUGGCCCAGCACGGAAGCCAGCAGGUCCAGUACCGAGUGCCCACAGGGUCAGCCCUCCCCUUCCAGAGAAGCAAGCCCCACUGAGAGAACGGCGACUUCUGACCCCGUUCCUGAGAACAACUGGGCAAAAAGGCACCUGUUUGUGCCCCCUUGUACCAGGAACCCCCCAAAAAAGAGGCGGGUGGAACAGGUGGGCCCAGAGGUGACGGGCUAUGAGGAGAUCUCAGACAGCGAGAUUGAAGGGUACCUCCGGACGCCACAGGAGAUGGAUGAGUUUGCAGAGCAGCAGAGGAGACUGAUGUCAGCUGAUCACUGAGUCCCACCCCCCCUCAUUUCUACAGGGUAGUAAUGCUUACCUAAGGGAGAAAGACAGCUGGACUGUUCAAAUCCUGUCGGGUCCCUGGCUUUUUCUUCAACCAUCCAUGCAGUAACACCCUGCGUUGUUCCAGGCAUAGACCAGCCAUUUUUUGUGACCCAGAAACUGGACUGCUCACUUGCUUAGAUUUGCUAACAGUUAUUGUUAAGUAUUGUUAUUUAUUUCCCGUUUGUACAUUGAAGCAUGAUUUCCCACGAGUGUCCAUAAAGAAUUUUACUGUAUUGAUUAAAAUAUUGAUUUUUCUCAGAAAUAACGUUAAAAAAAUAAUGCUUCAUCUUAUUUUUAUAGUCUAAAAAACUAAAUUUAAAAAGCAAAUGGUUCGCAACGCAGUGCUGUAUCUGGCUGUAUUUUCAGUUGCCGUUCAAGCACGUUUGCCGAUGGCU